GGGCAACUUCGAGAGGCAGAGCGGCACGCCGCCCGCCGGAGGAGGUCUGGGCGGCAGUGUGCUCGGCGGAGCCGGCGGCAGGGAGCCCGGCUCCGGGCAGCUCAGUAAGUGCCUCCCGCUGGCCGGGGCUCGGGCGGCGGGGCUGGGAGCGGGGCUGUGCUGGACGUGAUUGGGCCUCCCGUGAAGGUCACGCGUGUGCCAGGCUUGGAGAAGUGUUAGAAAUGGGCACCUUUAUGCCUUCUCUAGCAGUCGCUCUCUAAAGAUAAAUCCGUGCCCUUUUAGGAAAGAGAGUUGAGCUUAACCAUUAAGCCCAUAGCGUAUAUACGUUUGGAGUCUACAAGCUAUCAAAAGUGGAUUGUCGGUGCAUUGGUGUGGCUCAGUUGUCCUGAAGUGGUGCUGAAUUUGACAGGUAUUACUUGGUCGUAUACAAUGCAGUGUGUCCAAUCGCUGCUGCUGUCCUGCUUCUCGAGUGCUGGCUGCUGUGGGGUUGAGGGCAGUGGGGAUGGUUGGAAAACUGUCACGAAGCUGGCCUUAAAAGCUCUUGGGUUUUAAUACAGCAGAUAGCUUAGAAUACAAUUGUUUGUGUGUUUUAGCGAUAUUACUUUCAAGACCAGUUAAGUUUUAAUAAUCUGGUAGCUUAUGGAAGUCAUUCUGAGAGAGAGAAGCUGCCCAGCCACCUGACUUCUGAGGCUUUAAUGAACUCAUGGACAGUAUUGAUAUGUGAGAGGGGCUGUGGUCAUAGUGAAAGACUUGUUAAUAUAUAUAUGUAUUCUGACAUACCUGGAGGCAUGUUUACCAAACAGUCCUACGCUUUCUUUGCUUUAGAAGAAGUUUCAAAUGUUGCAAAGAGAUGCUGUUGAGAUCUCAAAUAUGAAGAGAGAGUAUCUUUAUGGCUUGGACAGCACGCAACAGAGAGGCUUUCAGCUUUUGUAAUUGUUAAAUAUAUUUUGAAAAUUGUAUGGCUUUUUUCUUUAAUUCUUGCUGCUUACACUGCACUUAUCUUGUUUACAAAUGCUUAGAAUGUCACACUUGGCUUUGUCCAACCUUCAGGAAGGUUCUUUUCGUGAUAAGGUUGGUGAAUGUUGGAAAAACUCCGUUUUGAGGUUAUGAACCAGUAUUAAUUUCUAUUUCAUUAAAAACAGCAUCCCUGGGGAUUCCAAACGGUUCACCCCAUUGACGAAACAUUCUCUGUGAUUUGUUAAUGAAUGUUGUUUCCAGCCGUUGGUCACAUCUGUACUAGAAUUAGAAGAACAGCAGCCUGUGUAUCUAUGGAGUUUAACACACUCAAUAAAUUGACUUUGUGGAGUUCUAGACCAACGUAUAUUCAUGUGAAGACAUCUUAAUGGUCAUUUGGUCGAUCUGCUGAAUGAUAGAUAUGGAGAGGUUGCCCCUAUUAAGAAGAAGAACUAUCAGAGGAUAAAGGAGAGGAUCUAAAAAACAUUUUUGGUGCUGUGUGAUAGUUCUGAGGCUUAAUAAAAGUUACUGUGAUGUUAGACCUUAGGUUAAAGGUUAUGAAUAAGCGUAUUGAAAUCUGCUAUCUGUAAUAGAAUUUUGGAGUGUACUUUUUUUUGUCUCAAAAAUGUUUCAAAAGGCAAUUAACACUGAGUGAUACUGGAAGUCAGGUGACUUAUGGUCAUCAUUAGACUUCAUUGAGAUCUGGAAUCUAGCACAGAGCUAGCAGUUGUGUCAUUGCUGUUCUACCUGAGUCUGGUUGAUGAUAACAAGAACUGAUAAGGACUGAUGUCUGAAUUUAAGUCAAUUUGCAAAUGUUUAAAAAAAAAAUUGCAAAAGACUGAUGGGCUGAAAGUUAUCAGAUGCUUGCAAGAGUGCUUUUUAUUUCACCUGCCCCUCUACUCUAUGCUGGAGAGACCCCAGCUGGAGUACUGUGUCCGGAUGUGGAGUCCUCAGUACAGAAGAGACAUAGUCAUGUUGGAGUGUGUCCAGAAAACGGCCACAAAAAUUUUGCAAGGGAUGGAACAACAUGUCCCAACUAUGAGGACAGGCUGAGAGAACUGGGGAUCUUCAGCCUGGAGAAGAGAAGGUUCUGGGGAGACCUGAGAGCAGCUUUCAGUAUAUAAGGGGAGGGUCUAUAAGAAAGAAUGGGACAGAUGUUUUAGAAGGAUCUGUUGUGAUAGGACAAGGGGAGAUAGCUUCAUAGUAGAAAAGGAGAUUUAGACUGGAUAUAAGGAAGAAGUUUUUUACAGUAAGGAUGGUGAGGCACUGGAGCAGGUUCCCAGAGAGGUGGAUGCUCCGUCCCUGGAGACACUCAAGGUCAGGCUGGAUGGGGCUCUGAGCAACCCAAUCUCACUGUAGGUGUCCCUGUUCAUUGCAGGGGAGUUGAACUAGAUGGCCCGUAAGUGUUCCUUCCAACUCAAACAUUUCUAUGAUUCUGUUUUCAGCAUCUGGUAUUGUAUUUAGUUAGAGAAAUAAACCACAGAUCAAAUCCAGCAUUAAGUCUGUCUAUUUGCCCCAGUUAUUAAGUUAAAUUCUGUUGAGAGGUGCAGACGCUUAUUCCUGCAUUUGUGGAGACUUGCUGAGGAUUUCUGCAAGGCUAUUGCAGUUGUCCCAGGCAACAAACAGAACCUGAGGAAAUGGCCACAAGUUGUACCAGAGGAGGUUUAGGUUAGACAUAAGGAAAAACUUUUUCUCUCAGAGAGUGGUCAGGCACUAGAAUGGCUGCCCAGGGAGGUGGUGGAGUCGCCAUCCCUGGCAGUGUUCAAGAGGUGUCUGGAUGAGGAGCUACGAGAUAUGGUUGAGUGGCUUGUGUAGCAAUGGUAAUGGGAGGACGGUUGGACUGGAUGAUCUUGUAGGUGCUUUCCAACCUUGUGAUUCUGUGAUUCAGUUACCUUCUCUCACUUCAGUAUGCCUAAAUGGGUUUGAGAAUAAAACAGUAAUUUUCUUUGUAGAAACUGUUGAUGUAGAAAGUAGUGGAAUUAGGCAUGAUUGUCAUUUCAAGGUCACUCAAAUUUUAUGCCUCAGUGGAGAAAAUUAAUCAUGUGGUCAACUUUUAUGUAAUAAAAAAAGUUCUGUUGAUAUUUCCAGUUGGAAUUCCUUCUCAGCACUAGCCCUGUACCUGCUCCCACCACCACCAACUUAGGUGAGUCUUUGUGGUUGUAUGCUGAGGUUUUUUGAUAAUUUGAGUGGUUGUAGAAAAAGUGACAGGCAAUUCUAAGUGGAUCCGAAGCGUGCUUGGAAUGCUGCCCUAGGAUUUCUAUGGAGCAACUAGAAACUUUGCAGUGUAUACCCCUUCACGUACAGAAUGAGAGAAUUUCAGUGCAGGUGUUCAUUGGCAAGCUAAAUAGGAGUCUGUACUGGCAUUUUUUUCUCCCCUAAUUUUUUUGCUUAUAGGCUGCUACAGAGAAGAUGUGAUGAAAUAUCACAGCAAUUAAACAACUAGCAUCAUGUGGUAACGUAGGGACUGAGGGGCCGUUUUGUCUUUGAACCAUGCUUUAGAGAACUUGCUUACAAGGCAGUUGAUAGUCAGAUGACCUGAUUUUCUUGUAUUUUUGGAAAAAAUACCACUCCGUUUUGCGACAGCAGUCGUGUCACAGCUGCAAACAGGGAUUAAGCUAAAUUAUGUUGAAAAAUAUGUACGGGAUGCUUCUGUUCUUCAAAUUUAAAACAAACUGACUUUAUGAAGGAGUCAACGCUGGUCCUUUAGUUGCACAACACGUCCUUCGUAUCAUGUCUUUCAGCUAGAUCUUCCCAAACUUCAUGUUUGCCUCUUCGUUGUUUUCAAUAGCAGUGACCCACAUCUGCCAGACUGUUCUGAAACUUCUUUCCUACAGCUGGUCAUAUGAACGGCAUGGUGUGAAAGUUCCUGCUUCGUAUAGUAUUGCAGAUCUCUUGCAAGCCUGUGGUUGUCACCUACAUUUUAAGUUUAAAUUCAUGUCGCCUUUCCCUCACCUUUACGCAGUAUAAAAAGUGAUACUUAAAGUUUAGAAAUAAUUCAGUGGCUUGAAUGUCUCAUCUUUAUUGCCCAGACUCAAAUGUUGUGCCAGUAAAUCCUUGAGGCUGACAGCCAUAAUUCGAGCUCGAGCAUCGUGGGCUACGCCUGGUUAAUGCUAUUUCCUGAAGGGAUGCAACUUACGCUCCUGGAACUCACUUUAGUUCUAAAGACAGAUCAGAAUCUGCCUUUUAAUUUCUUCCUUGUAAGGAAGAAUUUUUUUUUUUUAAUUUUGAAACAGCUUUAAUGGCAAUCAUAAGGAAAGAGGUGAAACUUGGAUGCUGUGUUUCCUGAGCAUUUCCAAAGUGAAGGUGUUUGUAAGUUUCCAGGGAACUGAUUCCAAUUCUGUGAAAUUAUCUGCAAAUACAUUAAGUUAAUUUUGCUACUGUGCAGUGAACUCCAGGGUUUGCCUGUGGUUUGGGAUUUUGUUUGUUUCAGCUAUAGUGAAGUAGCUCCCUGGUUUUGCCUAUAGCCUUUGAAAUUCAAUUGGGUCCUGCUGCAUGUGGGAAGAGCUUAUUGAUGAUGCUGCCAUAGGAAAGGGGUGUCUUCCUAGCAGCCCUGAAUGCUGAGUUGCAGACACAGCAACAGUGUGGCUGUGUAUGGGCCCUUGUCAUUAUCAGUGUUUCACCCAGAUUUUUGCUUUGGAUAUAUGUAUCAGAACAGGGAUACCUGCUCACUCAGCUUAAAUGGCAGUUUAAGAUUGGAAAUUAGGAAGGAGGUAUAAUAUCUGUUGUUUUAGUGACUAGUUCUUUGGUUGGCAGGGUUGCCCUCUAUUUUUUUUUUUCUGGGUUAUGGUUGGUUUUGUUUGUUUUAUUGCUUUUGUUCUAUUAAAAUGUUUGCUGGUUUCUUUAUGAGAGUAACCAAAAACAUCUGUGAUCUUGUUAGCUACCCCUGCAGGAGCUGUGGGGUCAUGCGAUGAUUUGUGGGUGAGGUGGUGGCUGCAAUGCCUGUGUUAGGAAAGGUGCUCCCUUUGUGAAGGACAGCAUAGAAGGGUGUAGGUAAAGAGCCCAACUGAAACUGUUGACAGUGACAGAUGGGAGAUACCAAAUGUUGUCUCUAAAGUACAGAAGACUGUUCAAAAAGGAAGAUGCUUCUAAGUAAUGCCAAAAGAAAGAGGAAUGAGGUUUUUGAUGGCUGCAGUCAGUGAGUGGAUAGUUUAAUCUUUGGUAGGUAUCUGUAUUAAUUUGGGAUACUUUGGUAGACGUGAAGAUAGGUUAGUAUCUGUAACGGUGUAGCUGCACAAAGAAAUAAGGUAGCGCAAAGUAAGUGCGACAGUGUUGGGCAAAGUAGGGCAGGUUUAUAUCAUGUUGUUACUGAGUAGCAAGUGUUCAUUAUGUUCAGAUUAUACUUUACCUUGCAGUAACUCAUUUGUGUGUUCUUCUCUUAGCUUUGUACAGUUACCCUCUGGGGAGUACAGCUGCAUGAGUCUGGGCUUUCUGUUCUGUUCCUGUGCCAGAACUGCUGCUAAUGUUCUGUGCGGGGAGAGCAGAAGUGAACCUGUGCACAUAGGCUGGUGCUGUAGUUAAUUCAGUUACGUGUGAGCUUAACCAUGCCUUGCUUGAAAGUUGCAGCAAGAUGAGCAAACUUUGCACUGAAGCAAAGAGCGCUCCUUCCUACCACUUCUGGUUUUGUAGAGAGAAGGGAGAAGGCAAGAAGAUUAGCGGGGGAUUUGUGUUUGAGAGCAGCUUUUGGAAGCUUCUUAAGCUUCCCUGCGUGUAAUUUCAGUUCUCUAUAAAGGAUACAGAGUUUCAGAGGAAGAGAAACUACAGUAGAACAAACAGUUUUGCGAUCGCGCUGGAAGCAUCAGUACUCUCGAUUCCUUAGAUUUUGCAAGAUACUCCGACGACGGCAAUAGGGAAACGGACGAAAGAGUAGCAGUCCUGGAGUUUGAACUACGGAAAGCCAAGGAGACCAUACAGGCCCUCCGAGCCAACCUGACUCAGGCUGCAGAAAAUGAAGUUCCUUUGCAGGAACGAAAAAAUUAUAAAUCGAGUCCUGAAAUUCAGGAGCCAAUCAGACCUCUUGAGAAAAGAGCUCUAAACUUCCUAGUUAAUGAAUUUUUAUUGAAGAAUAGUUACAAGCUUACAUCAAUAACAUUUUCAGAUGAAAACCAUGAUCAGGAUUUUGAAUUGUGGGAUGACGUGGGAUUGAACAUUCCAAAACCCCCUGACCUUUUACAACUCUAUCGUGACUUUGGAAACCAUCAUGUUACUGCAAGAGAUGUCGUGGAUGUAUCAGUUGGUGUAGAUGAUGAUGAGUUGGAGGCUACCACCCCUAUACUUGGGACUGUUCCGGUAUUUGAAACAACACCACAAUCAAUAGAACAAUGUUUAAUAGUGCAAAAAUUAGAAGAUCAAAUUAGUGUGUUAAACAAUGAGAAAUGGUCUUUGAUGGAACAAAUCCAAAGACUUGAGAGUGAAAUAGAUUUCCUCAAGAAUGAAAACUUUGCUGUGUCUACGGUUUAUGGUGUAGCUCCCCAUCCUUCCUUAAAGCAAGUGCCUCAUACAGACUCAGAGGACAAUGGACGGUACUUGGAUAUCAAGAGCUCUGAGAACGACAGUAAACAUGGAAACACUGAGGAAAAAAGCCUUUCUUCAUCAGCUGAACAUGAUACAAGGACUUCUAAAGAUGAUACACUAAAUUCUGUGCCCUGUAAAGACCCAGAGAAAGUGUCCUCUUGUGCUCCGUCAAAGAAAACUGCAGUGCACUUUGAUAAACCGAAUAGGAAAUUGUCACCAGCUUUCCAUCAAGCACUACUGUCUUUCUGUCGAAUGUCAGCAGAUAGUCGCUUGGGAUCAGAGGUAUCUCGAAUUGCUGACAGUGAGAAAAGUGUCAUGCUAAUGUUGGGACGCUGCCUGCCUCAUAUUGUUCCUAAUGUGCUGCUUGCUAAGCGAGAGGAACUGAUCCCACUCAUACUGUGUACAGCCUGCCUUCAUCCCGAACCCAAAGAGAGAGAUCAGCUUCUACACAUACUGUUCAAUUUGAUCAAACGACCAGAUGAUGAGCAAAGGCAGAUGAUACUGACCGGUUGUGUGGCAUUUGCCCGACAUGUUGGACCAACACGUGUAGAAGCUGAGCUUUUACCACAGUGUUGGGAACAGAUUAACCACAAAUACCCAGAGAGACGGCUACUGGUAGCAGAGUCUUGUGGAGCACUAGCACCUUACCUUCCAAAGGAAAUUCGUAGUUCAUUAGUGCUUUCCAUGCUGCAACAAAUGCUAAUGGAAGAUAAGGCAGAUCUGGUACGAGAAGCUGUGAUCAAAAGCCUUGGCAUCAUUAUGGGAUACAUUGAUGAUCCAGACAAAUAUCAACAGGGCUUUGAACUGCUGCUUUCAGCUUUAGGAGACCCUUCGGAACGUGUAGUUAGUGCAACACAUCAAGUAUUUUUACCUGCUUAUGCUGCCUGGACAACAGAACUGGGAAACUUACAGUUCCAUCUUAUACCUACACUGCUUAGUAAGAUUGAAAAACUGCUCAGGGAAGGAGAGCAUGGUUUGGAUGAACAUAAGCUCCACACGUAUCUAUCUGCUUUGCAGUCACUGAUUCCAUCGUUGUUUGCAUUGGUGCUACAGAAUGCACCUUUCACAAGCAAGGCUAAACUUCAGGGAGAAGUACCACAAAUAGAAGUCACUAGAUUUCCCCGACCUGCAUCACCUCUUCAGGAUGUGGCUAUCAUCAUCGGAAGCCGUGAACAAUUGGCAGUACUGUUGCAACUUUACAACCAUCAGCUAGAACAUGAGGGGACCACAGGCUGGGAGACUUUGCUAUGGGUAGUCAAUCAACUGUUACCACAGCUUAUAGAAAUAGUUGGCAAAAUCAAUGUAGCAUCAACUGCAUGUGUCCAUGAGUUCUCCAGAUUUUUCUGGCGACUUUGUAGGACAUUUGGGAAGAUUUUUACAAACACUAAGGUAAAACCACAGUUCCAGGAAAUACUAAGACUGUCUGAGGAAAACAUAGAUUCCACAGCAGGUAAUGGAGUGCUAACAAAAGCUACAGUUCCCAUCUAUGCAACAGGGGUCCUUACGUGUUAUAUUCAGGAAGAAGACCGCAAACUGUUAGUUGGAUUCUUGGAAGAUGUCAUGACCAUGCUUUCGCUAUCCCACGCUCCUCUUGAUAGCCUGAAAGCUUCCUUUGUGGAACUGGGUGCGAACCCAGCUUAUCAUGAGUUGCUGUUAACUGUCUUAUGGUAUGGAGUUGUCCAUACUUCAGCUCUUGUUCGAUGCACAGCAGCUAGAAUGUUUGAGCUGUUGGUGAAGGGGGUACAUGAAACUCUGGUAGCUCAGAGAGUUGUUCCUGCUCUCAUUACUCUCUCCAGUGACCCUGAAAUUUCAGUGAGGAUAGCGACAAUUCCUGCUUUUGGGACCAUCAUGGAAACUGUUACACAAAGAGAGCUUCUGGAAAGGGUAAAAAUGCAGCUAGCAUCUUUCCUGGAGGACCCUCAAUAUCAAGACCAACAUUCUCUUCAUACAGAAAUCAUAAAAACAUUUGGAAGAGUUGGACCUAAUGCUGAGCCCAGAUUUAGAGAUGAAUUUGUUAUUCCACACUUGCACAAAUUAGCCUUGGUCAACAACCAGCAGUCCGUGGAUUCUAAGAGACUGGAUAUCGCUACCCACCUGUUUGAAGCCUACAGUGCUCUUUCCUGUUGUUUUAUUUCAGAGGAUUUAAUGGUCAAUCACUUCUUACCAGGACUUAAGUGUUUACGAAUUGACAUGGAACAUCUCUCACCAGAGCAUGAGGUUAUUUUAAGCUCCAUGAUAAAAGAGUGUGAACAGAAAGUGGAAAAUAAGACCGUCCAAGAACCACAGGGCUCGAUGUCAAUCGCUGCGAGCCUUGUGAGCGAGGAUACAAAGACCAAGUUUUUGAACAAAAUGGGCCAGCUGACUACAUCAGGUGCAAUGUUGGCUAACGUGUUCCAGAGGAAGAAGUAAGGCGGGAAGAGGAGCUCCCAACUAACACUAAGAUGGACCUCACAGAGACUGGUUCCUGUACUUGAAGUACUUGCCUUUUAAUUUCUUCUGUCUUAUGUUCUUGUAGUAUAAUUUUAUUCUAACCUCCAAAGAUAUUUGCACUGCUUUUGAAUAUCGCUGUGUAUCUGUUAAUUUUGGGUUAACUGUGGUUGAUAUAAAAACUGAAAUCAUAGUCUGUACCAAGUCCCUGUUCUGUGUUCUUGUCUUUCCAGCAUAAUUUUUUUUUUUAUAUAGUGGAAGGGUUUCGUUUUUGUUUUUUUAUUAUUAUUUUCCGACAGGAUAUCAGCAAAUAUCUGUAUUAUACAUGGAGCUAUUAUGACGGUACUUAAAAUAAUGUAAAUUUGAAGUCAUUGUCAUGAAGUAAUAAAAGUGAAGAUUACUUAUGUAUUUAAAUUAUGAAAGAGUAAUGCAGAUUUUUUUAUUAUGUUUCUAAAAAGAAGAGGAGGAGCCACCAGCAUUUGUCUGUGCUUCUAGGGUUGUUUUUGUAAGUAUUGUGCAUCUCGAAUCCAGAGGAAUUGCAGUAUCUAAUGUGUAACACUGCUUGCACUGCAUCAGUCUGCAGGGAAUGCUCAUGUUUCAGAUGCUUUAUGCUGACAUUGUAAAUGCUGUACAAAAUCCUUCAGAUAAAAUACUCACAUCUGUUGUGGUUUUUUGAGGGAUGUUUUGUUUUGUUGGAGUUUUUGUUUUAUUUUGAAGCACUUUAACAACCAGUGUACACAUCCAGAGACACAUACGCUUGAGUAAAGGAAAAAUGUGAUACUAUUAACAAAUGUAUAAGCUACUACAGGGGUCCCAAUGCAGUACUGCAGGCAGAGUAACCUUAUGCAGGAGAAAGAAUGCUCUUGUCUUGCACGCACUGUGCAGCUCUGUGUACUGUGAAAGCUAAAAUUAGAAGAUCUUGUUGUUUAGUUUAAAUUUCAGUUCAAAUUUCAUUUCGGAAUAUUUGAAACUACGUUAAGGGAGUUUGACACACAGCAUUUCUUUCAGGUGUUAGCCAGACUGACAACGUAUUUCACAAAAGCGUUACGAGGAGUAUCCUGUAAUCAAGUGUUCUUGUUAGCAGGGAAGCAUUAAGAACCAAACCCGUUCAUUUUUAUGCAGCACUUAUUUGUUUUUUCCUUUAUGUCAAUGUAACCUUCUGAGAGUAAACUCAAGUGCAUGCAUAAACUGCUAAGAUGUGGUAAAAUGUAAAAGGUCAGGCGUUCUCUGACACAGUGCCCUUCGGUUGGAAGUAUGAACGUCUUUAAGGAUAGCGAAGCAAAAGGAGUGAUGGGAGAAAUUACUGUCUCCUGAGACAGAAUAUAGAUGGCAGCACUUCUCAUCCUGCCCUCAGAAGUAAUAGAGAUCAUCUGAGGCUUCUGACUGCUUCGUGUUUGUGCCUGCUGGCUCUGCGUAGACGGUUGCCUGCCAUGUUUGUGUUGUGACAGGGCCUGCUGCACACUUGCACACUGUCAGUCCCUUCACACUGCACUGAGACAUUUUUUCUCAAGAUUACAGACAGUUCCAUGCCUUCUUGUUGCUUGUUACCAUGAAAGUAUGCUUUUAGCAGACUGACUGUCAAAUGGAGACAUUCCUGAGGAAUGGGAAGUGGUGAUGUUUCCUCUCUAUUGUUUCAUUGUCAAUAAAAAGUUUUGUAUACCUGC